AUGUCGCUGUUAAUUCUGAGUAGAAAUGCUCUUCGUCCCUGUUAUGCGUCCAUUCUCUCCACACAAAACAUCGGACCUGUCCGAAUGAGUAACAUAACCCUCUUGAAUCCAACAGCCGUCAGAUGCAUAACCUCAGAAUCCUCCGGAAUGGAUCCAGCAGUACAGAAAAUUGCCAAGACCGAAAAAGUCGAAUUCUGGGAAAAGAAUCGAAACCUCAACCGACCGGUUUCCCCUCAUAUGACUAUUUAUAGCUGGCAGUAUACCAACUCGCUCUCAAUUUUGCACAGAGCAACGGGCAUUAUGAUUUAUGGAGGCUUAGCAGUUUUGGCUGUGCCUUAUCUGUCGAUGCCCUACAUGUUUCCGGCCUACAUUCAGUACCUGACGUCGUUCACAGGGGGGAAAUUGCUCCUAGGAGCGGGGAAGUUCUUGAUAUCGAUGCCAGUUAUUUACCACAUGCUAAAUGGGGCCAGACAUUUGUUCUGGGAUUACGGAAUGGGGCUGAGUUUGGAAACGUUGAGGGCAUCUGGAUAUGCUAUUGUGGGAACUUCGGUGCUCUUGUCCCUUUUGCUGGCGUUUUGGAGAUUCUAA